AUGCGCGUGGUUACCAUUGUAACCCUGCUCUUAUUUUGUAAAGCCGCUGAGCUCCUCAGAGCAAGCCCCGGGAGUGCGAGAAGCCGAGCGCAUCAUGGCAGGGCCGGUGGGAGCCGGAGAGGCUCCAACCCGGUCAAACGGUAUGCGCCUGGCCUUCCCUGUGAAGUGUACACUUAUAUUCACGAGAAAUACUUAGAUUGCCAAGAAAGAAAACUAGUUUAUGUGCUGCCUGACUGGCCCGAGGAUUUGCUGCACAUGCUGUUAGCAAGAAACAAGAUCCGCAUUCUGAACAACAACAUGUUUUCCAAGUUCAAAAAGCUGAAAAGCCUGGAUCUGCAACAGAAUGAGAUCUCCAAAGUUGAGAGUGAGGCUUUCUUUGGUUUAAACAAGCUUACCACUCUCUUACUGCAACACAACCAGAUAAAGGUUUUGACGGAGGAGGCGUUCAUUUACACUCCUUUCCUGAGCUACCUGCGCCUGUAUGACAAUCCGUGGCACUGUAGUUGUGAGCUAGAAACGCUUAUUUCAAUGUUGCAGAUUCCAAGAAACAGGAAUUUGGGGAAUUAUGCCAAAUGUGAAAGUCCACCAGAACUGAAAAAUAAAAAACUGCGGCAGGUACAAUCUGAACAGUUAUGUAAUGAAGAAAAAAAUGAACAACUCGACCCAAAACCUCAAGUGUCAGGGAGACCCCCAGUUAUCAAGCCUGAGGUAGACUCUACUCUUUGCCACAAUUACGUGUUUCCCACACAAACGCUGGACUGCAAAAGUAAAGAGUUGAAGAAAGUUCCGAGCAACAUUCCACCAGAUAUUGUUAAACUUGACUUAUCAUACAAUAAAAUCCACCAGCUUCGACCCAAAGAGUUUGAAGAUGUUCAUGAGCUAAGGAAAUUAAAUCUUAGCAGCAAUGGCAUUGAAUUCAUAGACCCUGCUGCUUUUGUAGGGCUCACACAUUUAGAAGAGUUAGACUUAUCAAAUAAUAGUCUGCAAAACUUUGACUACGGAGUAUUGGAAGACUUAUACUUUUUGAAACUCUUGUGGCUCAGCGAUAACCCUUGGAGAUGUGACUACAACAUCCACUACCUGUACUAUUGGUUAAAGCAUCACUACAACGUACACGCUCAUGGUCUGGAGUGCAAAACGCCUGAAGAAUACAAAGGGUGGUUUGUGGGGAAGUACAUCCGGAGCUACUAUGAAGAAUGCCCCAAAGACAAGUUACCAGCGUACCCUGAAACAUUCGACCAGGAUCCCGAAGAUGAUGAAUGGGAAAAACUACAUCGGGAUCACACAGCAAAGAAACAAAGUGUAAGAAUCAUUAUUGUGGGAUAA